AUGGCUAUCAUGGAAAAGGUUUCUAGUGCCACCAACAAGAAAUCCUUCGACGUGAAGGAGGAGAAAUCUUACUGCGUCAAGGGGGACAUCGAGACCUCCACCGGAGAAGAUGACACAGGCGAAAACGUUGUCCUCCAGAACGAGCGAGAAAUUGCAACUCACGUCAUUUCCGUGGACGACGAUCCUAGCCUGAACCCCUGGACCUUUCGGGCUUUCUUCAUCGGCCUUGGCCUUUCCGCCUUCGGUGGCUCCCUGGCUCAAAUUUAUUACUUCAAACCUCAAACCAUCAGUGUAUCUUUGAUGUUCCUCGCCAUCAUAUCCUACGUGAUUGGCCUUGCGAUGGAGACAUUCAUCCCCCGCCACGGAUUGCUCCGAUACUUGAAUCCGGGGCCCUUUAAUAAGAAGGAGAACGUGUUCAUCAUCAUCAUGUGCAGUGCAGCUGCGAAUUCUGCGUUGGCUACGGAAGUUCUCGCUGUCCAACGUUUGUAUUAUAACAUCACGCCUGACGCCGUCUCAUCAAUAUUUUUGUUGUUCUCUUCUCAACUGCUCGGCUAUGGGAUCGGCGGUCUGAUGCGAGGGAUCCUCCUCUAUCCAUCGAAGAUGUUGUACCCCGGUAUUCUCCCCUUACUCUCCAUGUUCGACGCUCUCUAUCGCGAUGGCAUCGAAGCACGCAAAAGGCUUAAGGUCUUCUAUUUCGUCUUUUCUGCAAUCUUUAUAUGGGAGAUUUUUCCUGAAUGGAUAUUCCCGCUGCUCACCGGUCUCUCAAUAUUCUGCCUCGCUGCUCCUAACAAUGCUGCUGUAUCUCGCGUGUUUGGUGGUUCCAAUGGAAACGAGGGCCUCGGUCUAUUGUCAAUAUGCUUCGACUGGCAGUACAUCUCAGGUGUUAUAAACCCGAUGGUUGUCCCACUGAAAGCUCAGCUCUCCAGCUUCAUUGGUUACAUAAUUUGCAUGGUUGUUUUCGUCGCCAUAUUCUACAAUAACAUUUGGGAAUCUCGGAACUUGCCAUUUUUGGCGCAGCUCCUCUUUUAUGGAAACGGGACUAUCUACAACCAGACUUUGAUUAUGAACUCCAAUUAUGAGGUAGAUCCCACUUUAGUGGCAGAACAGGGACUGCCAUUCUACGCUGGUACCUGGAUUAUUAACCUGUUGUCAAUGAACCUCGCGCUGGCCGCGACAUUCACUCACCUCCUCUUGUGGAAUAAAGAUGACCUUCGCGCAGCCUGGACUUGGAUGAACAUGGACUCUCUGAGGAGUUGGCGUGCUAAUUUCGAUUGGAAGUUCUGGAAACACAGUGGAAAGAGGGAAGUCCCCGCCAACACUGAGGAUCUCGACCCACACUACCGGGAGAUGCUGAAGUAUCCAGAUGCUCCGAAUAGUUGGUACCUCUUGACGCUUGUUCUCUCUUUCACUGUUGGAUUGGUCGUCAUCCACAAGACAGAUUCCACGCUUCCUUGGUGGGGCUUCGUCAUCGCGGUCCUCUUGGCCGCCGUGUCUAUCUUGUUCUUCGGCGCGUUGUACGCCAUUACCGGCAUUAAUCUUUCUAUUCAAACCCUGGUCCAGAUGAUUGCUGGCUACCUGCACAACGGAAGGCCCAUGGCGAACAUGUUCUUUGUCCUUUACAGCUAUAAUACUGUGUCUCAAGCUUUGCUGCUACUACGUGAUCUGAAGAUCGCUCAAUAUGCCAAACUGCCUCCCCGCGCUGCCUUCAUGGCCCAGAUCAUUGGCACCUUGUUCGGCGCUGUUCUUAACUAUGUAUUAAUGAAUUCUAUCAUCGACAGUCAACGCGAAAUUCUGCUAUCUGUACAAGGAACAAACAUCUGGUCUGGCCAACAACCUCAAUCAUACAACUCGCAAGCAAUUGCGUGGGGUGGCCUUGCUCACGAGCUCUUUUCAUCUGGUAAAAGGUACCAAUGGGUCCCCCUGUCCUAUCUCAUUGGCCUUGUUGCGCCUCUUCCUUUCUGGAUUAUUCACCGUUACUGGCCGAGACUACGCAUGGAUUACUAUUAUACCCCUAUCAUUUGUGCAUACAUCGGAUGUCUUUGUGCUGGAAUAAACUCUUCAGCUCUGACGUAUUUCAUGAUUUCGUUCUUGUGUCAGUGGUGGCUUCGUACUAGGUACCCGCGUUGGUUCGUGAAAUACAACUAUUUGGUCGGUGCAGCCCUCGAUGGUGGAACGCAAGUUAUGGUAUUCAUUCUAACCUUUACGGUUCAAGGGGCUACUGGAACAUCACAUCUUUUCCCGGAAUGGUGGGGUGCAAACCAAGGCGGAAACUACGACCGCUGCUUGUAUCUCUGA